AUGUCGUUACGAUUGACUCCGUCCGGUCAAGCCCCCGCGCGCUAUACUUCAAGGGUGGAUGGCUCUCUCCCGUCACAGGCAAUGGCAACUUCUGCCAAACGGGGACUCAAGGAGACGAUUGGCCUUUUCGAAUCAAUGAGUCAUCAAACUGAUGGAGAAGACGGAUUUGAUCAUAUUCCUAAAGCCUAUUCGUCUCCGGUCUUUUUGCAGUCUACCAUCCCUGAUGAUGCCCCUCAUCAGGAGAGACAGCAUGGACAAAGGGCCACCAAGGCCUGGGAUGUAACACCUACCCCGAGAUUAUUAUUACCAUUGGAGGGUAGGCUCCCCCGCUCAUAUAGUCAAUCUCCGGAUAUGGACACUAUUAGUAGUCAAGCAAGCGAUGUCAAGCCUCUGCUUUAUACUAAGCCAUCUACAUCGAAGGCGAACCGUCACAGAAGAGGCCUUGGGUCGAUACUCAGGCCAGGUUGGCGGAGGAAAGUGAACACGAGCUCUGAAGACGCCGGGCCACAUGGCCACCCAGAGCCACGGCGAGGCUUUAACGUGGAUGGCGAGGGAGGAUUUGACUUGCAGUCACAGUAUGGGCCGGACAGUUACGAGGAGACGUUGGAAAAUACCUGCGAGUCAUUUCCUAUCAAGCAUCGACUCAGCAUUAUUGACCGCCAUCCCUCUCUUCGCCUCCUAAGCCGACGUUUAAUCUCCCGUAGCCACGGGCUAUUCGUGUCGCAGGCCCAUUGCCCGCUUCAGCAACCCCAGCCUGUCCGAGGAGGAGAGAUACGGCGUAUCACCAGUCUUUGCAAGGACAAGAUGGCAGCGUUCAGGGCACGGCCUCAGACAGAGUAG